GAAUGCAGCCGGUCCUGUACUCAGUAAAAGAAGCCCUGGAAGGUAGACCACACUGGAUCAGUACUGGAACGGAAAUUUGUUAUUUCAGAAACAACUUUUGUCCAGCACAGGGCAGAAGGAGAACUACCUUUUACACCCUGACCUUUACCAUCACCUUCAAACACAGUGAGGAUGUCUGCUACCUGGCCUACCAUUAUCCCUACACAUAUUCUGCUCUGAUGGCUCACUUGAAAAUACUGCAGAAAUCAGUGGAUCCGGCCAAGGUGUUUUUCAAGCAGCAGACUCUUUGUAGCACUUUGGCUGGAAACUCCUGUCCAAUAGUUACCAUCACUGCCUGUCCAGUCAGCAGAAGGUGGAAAGACCUGCACCAGAUGCGUAAUCGCCCCUAUAUUGUACUGACCAGCCGUGUGCAUCCUGGUGAGUCCAAUGCCAGCUGGGUGAUGAAGGGCACUUUGGAGUUUCUGUGCAGCAAUGACCUGGUGGCCCAGAGUCUCAGGGAGGCCUUCGUCUUUAAGGUCAUCCCCAUGCUCAACCCAGAUGGAGUCAUCAAUGGCACAAAUCGCUGUGACCUGAACAGCAAAGAUCUGAAUCGUCAGUGGAGUAAACCAGACCCUCUUCUGAGUCCAACCAUCUACCACACCAAAGGCUUUCUCUACUACCUCAACAUUAUAGGACGGACUCCAGUGGUUUUCUGUGACUACCAUGGCCACUCUCGAAAAAAGAAUGUGUUCCUGUAUGGCUGCAGCAUUAAGGAGACUCUCUGGCAGUCUGGCUCUGCAGUUGACACUGUAGGAUUGAAAGAGGAUCCUGGAUAUAGGACCAUUCCAAAGACCUUGGAUCGUAUCGCGCCGACCUUUUCUUUCAACAGCUGCAACUUUUUGGUAGAGAAGUCUCGCUCUGCUACAGCCAGAGUGGUUGUCUGGAGGGAAAUGGGAGUUCUGAGAAGUUAUACUUUGGAGAAUACUUACAAUGGCUGCAACCAGGGAAUAUACAAGGGGCUGCAGACAGGAACCCAGGAGCACCAGGAAAUGGGGAUGAAGUUCUGCCACAGUCUGUUGUCUGUAACCAAAGACACAAGGAUUCUAUACAGCAGGAAACUCAUCAACCAUAUUGACCUGGACCACAACAUGCUGGACCACAAGUCUCACAACUGUUUUGAAGACGAUGAGCCUCCGUGUGCUGAGGAGAUCGAGUACUCUGGUUGCUGUCCCACACGUAAAGGCAGUGAUUUGGAUUCAGACAUUGACAGCAACAUGGCCCAUGUUGAUGAUGAUGAUGACAAAGAGCACAGUGCUCAAAAACAUCAGCAAGACAGCAUCAGUCAGUCUCAGCAGUCAAGCAUAAAGAACCACCUGUUUCCUCCACAAACCCGGCAGCCAUCCGUUGAUACACCUAGUGAGAGAAGAGACUUGCGUAAUGGUUUGAGGAUUGCAAAAUGAUAAAUCACAAGUUAAAAGGGUUUUUUUUUUAUAAUUUACUUUCUUAACGAUAGUAAGAGAGCAUCAGCUAAUAUGAGCUGUAGUCCUUUAAACACAGCAGACUGUUCUGGAUGAAAAUAAAUACUUGGGUUUGUAAUUCAAAACCAGCUUAACUAGAAUGUAUUACUAAAGACUGAAAAUACCAGGCAUGUGAUCAAUACUUCAUAACAGACUUUAACAUAAACAUGUAUAGCCAAGUACAGCCAUGACUUAAAGACUGGCUGUUUUACUUAGACCUAAAUUUUCAGGAAAGGAAUCUCAUAACUCCACCAGUUAUGAGAUGAAAUGACAAUAGUUUCAAUGAAUGAUGGAUUAAAACCAGUUCUUAUUGAAUAUUUAUGUAUGUAAAAGGUCAUCAGCAUAGUCUUAAUGAUACUGAUAACAUCACCAGUGAACAAAAAUGCAUGCUAUAACGAAUGAAAAAUGCAACUAUAACAGUGAUCUGCAUUUUGUCUGUCUUUGUCAUUGGGUGAAAAUAAUUUCGUGUUAGCCCUUUUAGUUAAUAUCUACAACAUCAGUUUAGUGUUCCAGCAUCUUAUUGUGACUGGCUUUUUUCUGUCUGUACUACUGCAGGCACUACUUUGAUUAUUAGUAGGUAAUUAGCAAACUGAAACAAACUUGAUUGUUGCUGUGUAAAACUUUUAAAUCAACUUAGUUGUAUUAAUUACAUGAAAUACUGGGGACUGGUACUUAUCUUUCCUCUUCUGUAUCUUUGCAGAAAGAACAAAAACAAAAACAGGUGAAUAGGUUUAACCUGCUUGGAGGAAAGAAUUCGGCAUGUUUCCCAAAAUGUUCUCACCAAAAUGUCAAGUUCAAAUGUUAUGCUGUAUGUUAUAGACUUAAAAUGUGUAAACUGUAAGGCAAGGGGUGGUAUUUGGCUUCUGAGUAAAUAUCAGCGAUUUACUUUACAAUUAAUAUCCUGCCAAGAACACAUCCUGUACACAACUCCAUGUUUUAUCUUUUCAAGUUUCAUUACAAACAAAUCUCAUAAAAGGUCAAAGAAACUCUGAUGACUGAUGUUCCAUUUAUUCAGAAGAACAUUAAUAUUGACUGUAAUAUUAUCACAGAACUGCAACUACGCUGCCUUUACAGCAGUUGUAGUUUGUUUUGUAAUCCACAAAGGCACAAUACUGCUCUCAAGCGUCAUGUAUGAAAUUAUAAAUGUUAACAUUUUCCAGAAAGAAUUUUUUUCCCCAACAUUUUUUGCUUAAACAAGCCUAUGCUGAUGGAAUCUAAAAUUUCUGAAAGUACAUGAGUUUUUUUUUACCCAGUAGGUUAGCCUUUUAGCCUAAAUUUGUGCAAGUGUACGAUAAAUGAUAUAGUUUAUACAUUUAUACAGUUUGGGGAUUCCAUGGAUGGAGGAUCCGAACACAGAGCACACAAGGAACACAAUAAAGCCCCAAAUCCAAAUCUUAAAUCCAAAAGUAGACAUCCAAGUAAAAGCAAACAAGCAAAUAACUUCAGCAAAGCUAGGGAAGGCAAAAUCUAAAAAUACUCCAAAGAUUAUAGAUGAGAAGCUUGGAAGUCAGAACAAGGUAAAAUAGAAAGAACAUACAAGGUCUCUUUGUUUACAUUGUACUGUAUAUACUGUACAUGUUGUACUGCUGUGAGUACUCCUGCUAUUUUUAACUCUUUUAACUCCAUUUUGACUGCCUCCAGUCAUUUUGCACCUUUAAAUCACACUGGAUCUUUUCCACUUUGACGAAACAAUUUGAACUUUAGAAUUUUAUUGUGAAAAGAGGAUCACCCGCAGGAAGUCAAAUCAGUUGAUAUCCAUCCAUUUGAGCUCAAGUUUGAAAUUGCUGAUGCAAAAUACAAGUGGUCAAAACUGCGCUUGCAGGAGAUGAAUAAGCAGCAAUGCCAGAAGUGGUCAAAAAGUUUACAAGGAGAUUUUUAAUUUAAUUAUUGGUUAUGGGCAAAGUUAGGUGGGAGAAGUAGAAGAAGCUUUUAUCACACCUAAAUCCCAUUCCUCCUCCCAGCUGUGAAUUCUUUUUCUGCCAUGAGACAGGGCAUCUCAUUGCACACUGUCCCUAUCUCCAGUGCAAAGAGCAAAAGUUGCCAACUUUUUUACCAAAAGGUUCUGUAUUUUUGAUGGGCAAAGAGGAGGCUUGUGUCCUGAUUAUAGUUUUGCAUGAUAUUGGAGCCAUCAGCCUGACUCUUCUGGAUAGGGGAGAAGAUGUUGAGCUAAUAGCAAUGUGGGCGGAUGUCUCUCCACUCUGCAGUGGUUGGUUGCAUCAGUGGAGGUGAUGAGCCAGAGUAGUGGGCUGUGGUAGACUCCUUUGUCAUGUGGUGCUGAAGACGUUUUUUUGUUUUUGAAGCCCUUCAGUCUCAGAUGCCGUCUGACGGUUAUGGGACUGCAGUCAGCACCAGUAACGGCCUUAAUUUGGGUUGAGGAUUGUCCAGUGUCUUGACAGACUGCCAAUUGGAUCCUCCGGCUCAGUGCUGAUGAAUUUUUCUGGGGUCUUCCACUUGACGUUUUUGUUCCAUAACCCUCAGGAACAUUUAAGAAAUUCCAAAUGACUGUCACACUGCGUCCCACCUCAGCAGCGAUGGCGUGCUGCAAGCUUAUGCAGUUCAACAACCCGACCACGUUCAAAAAGGGAACGUUUUUGUGCCUUUGCCAUCAAAACGUCAUGACAGUGUGACAGAAAUUGACAAUGUGGUUCUAAAUUUUUGAUCAGCUGUAAAACAGCCUGUUUCAGUUUAAGCAUUAUUUUCAAUAAAUUACAUGCUCAAAAGACUGUUUUGUCUCACUCCCAAAAUAGGAUUUUUUGCCAUUGAUCGGGACUGUAGGAUGUACUGAUUUUUCUGACAUGCUCUUACAUAUGUUCAAGACUCCGGCAUAGUCAAGAUACAUCCCUGUUUGAAUAUAUCCAUCAUAUCUACAUCCCAAGACCCUCAAAACGACUACCAGAUGUGUGUUAGCACAAGUACAAACAUCUGCUAUUUCAAUGUGACAGGCUGCAAUUGUGCUAUGUCCAAAGCAUGUUCCUUGAUUUGCAAAAUACCAUCAGAAAUAAAGGGAUUUUAAUGCCCCCAAACUGGCUGGGACACUUGAUUUUGUUGAACUAACAAACAUUUUAGGAAGGUUUAUGACUUUUGCAUUGGAGAUUUAAGAGAGUCCAAGAAUUUUAUUUGAUUGUCUCUAAUAUAGUUAGGUAUUCUGAGUUUUACCAUAAAUUGGUGACUCAACCAUUUGGUAGAGACCUCUAUCUAAAAAAAAAAGACGGGGUUGUUUGAACAAAAGAAUAAAGAUUAUAUUUACUGUGGCCCCAAAUGAGGAAAAAAUACAGUGAAAAAAUGUUUUCAUGUUUGUUUGUUUUUUUAGUAGAUACACAUAUGGUAUGAAUUUGAAAAUCCUGUCACUUUGUUCUCGAACUAUCACGUUCACGAGAUUGUCAGAAAACUUGACCUCUGACCUUAAGGCUGAGCUGAAGGUUUUUAUAAGCUUAAAAUUCAUAUGAGUUCAAUUCAAUUUUAUCUACCGGUAUUUAGCGCCAAAUCACAGUGGAUUAAUUUGCUGAUUAAUUUCCCAGGUAACAGACUGAUUGAAAAUAAUGAGAAAUUCUAAUGUCUAAAUCUAAAAGAGCAGAAGUGUGAGAGUACAACAACAGCAUGAACAAAAAGGUCUGAGGAACCACUGGAGCAUAAAUAAAAAGCAAGUGAACUUGGUUAUCUUUCACCUCACAAUGUGAACAUAGAAAUUUAUCUUGGUCCACUUUUAGAUCCAUUUUGAAGAGGACUGUAUGUAAAAACAAGAUUUCAGGCUGCAAACAAGGUUUACAGUGUGCAAUUUAAAUGACAAACCCAUGGACCCUGUUAGAGUUUGUAUUGUUGAUUGUCAUUUAUGCUUAGA